AUGGCCAAAAAUGAGCCUGUUUCGCCGGGGCAUCAUGCCAUCCUAAUUGGAAUCGGCACUUAUCCUGCCGAAUACAAGGCAUCGCUGAAGGGCUGUGUCCGCGACAAGCAGCAAAUCAGAUCAUUGCUAGAACAGCAACCUUUUCAUAUCAACAUCCAGACCUUGACAGCUAUGCAAACCUCUGACAGCAGCACCACAGGGCCAGUUGAACAUCCUGCCACGUUACUAACAUAUGACAACGUAAUCAAGGCUUUCAGCGAGUUAGCCGACGUCGCUCAAUCUGGAGAUUACAUCUACAUCCAUUCCUCUGGCCAUGGCGCCCGCAUGACUCCUGAAACCACCAAACCAUUCUCCAACCAGCAUACUGGAGAUUUAACUCUAGUUCUUCUUGGUGGUGAGAAUGGAGACGAAGUGAAGCCCCUUGGAGGGUACAAAUUAGCGGUAUAUCUAAAUGCAAUGGUGGAAAAGCGUCUGGUUGUCACUCUAGCUCUUGACUGCUGUUUUGCGGCGAGUGUCUAUUGCCUGGACCGUCCUAAUAUUCGAUUCCUCCGAACUGGCCCAGGUCUUGCAUCUGCGUACUUCGCCGACAAAAGCUUGUCGGAACAAGACAAGGAAGCGACUGGCUCAGAGUAUCGUGAUUCAUUAUAA